UUACAAUCGAUCAAACCAGAAAGCUCACUCUUUCCAGCUUCUUCUUCCCCACUUCAUUUCUCAGCUAAGCUUCGCUAGGGUUUCUUUGACAAUGGCGGAAUCCGCGGCCGCGGCAGUUGCUCCAAGCGCCGAAUUGCUGGAGUUUCCGAAGAAGGACAAGCGCCGGAUGCUCCACGCCGUCUAUCGCGUCGGCGACCUCGAUCGCACCAUUCAGUUCUACACUGAGGGUCUUGGGAUGAAGCUGCUUAGGAAGAGGGAUAUUCCAGAUGAGAAAUACUCCAACGCUUUCCUUGGAUUUGGGCCCGAAGAUUCACACUUCGUCGUCGAAUUGACUUACAAUUAUGGUGUGACUUCGUAUGAUAUUGGCACUGGAUUUGGGCACUUUGCUAUUGCCACUGAAGAUGUUUACAAGCUGGUAGAGAACGUCCGAGCUAAGGGUGGAAGCGUGACCAGGGAGCCUGGUCCAGUGAAAGGUGGGAAGAGUGUCAUUGCCUUCGUGAAAGAUCCUGAUGGUUACAUGUUCGAGCUCAUCCAGAGAGGCCCGACCCCCGAGCCGCUCUGCCAAGUUAUGCUUCGUGUCGGCGACCUGGAUCGUGCCAUUAAGUUCUACGAGAAGGCAUUGGGGAUGAAGGUGUUGAGGACUAUUGACAGGCCUGAAUACAAGUACACAUUGGCCAUGAUGGGUUAUGCUGAUGAGGAUAAGACGACUGUUUUGGAGCUGACUUACAACUAUGGUGUGACUGAAUACACCAAGGGGAAUGCAUAUGCUCAGAUUGCUAUUGGCACCGACGAUGUCUACAAAAGUGCCGAGGUGAUCAACCAUGUCAUCCAGGAAGUUGGUGGUGGGAAGAUUACUCGACAACCAGGCCCCCUUCCCGGGAUCAACACCAAGAUCACUUCUUUUCUGGACCCUGAUGGCUGGAAAACUGUAAGUUUCCUUCUCUAGCCUCCCACGAACUCGUCGAAUCGAUCGCCCUUUUGCUUCAUCAGUUAUCUCGCGUUAAUGAAGAAGAUGGUGAUGAUUCAUUUCUGGUGAUGCCUUGGGCUGUUCGUUUUUGUAGGUGUUGGUUGACAAUGAAGAUUUCCUGAAGGAAUUGCAGUGAAGCGAGUUUGAUAGUUGACUGGCUCUGGAUAUCUGUUGAGCAAAUGGACUGCGGAAUCAUGUACUCUGUAUUGCUAGUGUAGUAGUAUGAAUAAGUGUUGAAUGAACUUGAGAGAGCAGAGUGUAAUUUUAUCUUAAACUCGAUUAAGUCUUGUUGCUUGCUCUAAUUAUGGACACCCACCCUUCGCCUUUUAGUAGGGUGUGGAAUGUUAGGAGCUUGUUAA